AUGUCGGACGUCGAGAAGAUGAUGGGUGGCUACUCCCAGCUCACCAACCACAACAUUCGCAGCUUUCUCUGGAGAGGUGUCUCUGUCUCGGUCAAGGAUCGCCAGACCCACGAAGACAAGCCUAUCCUGAACAACGUCAGCGGCAUUGUUUACGCUGGCGAGUUGAUGGCCGUCAUGGGUCCUUCUGGUUCUGGCAAAUCAACUCUUUUGAAUGUGCUUGCCAACCGCGUCCCUGCUAAGGAUGCUCACGCUCAGUCAGAUGUCUUCCUCAACGGCCGCCCGGCCGAGUGUGAGACUAUGCGCAAGAUCAGUUGCUACGUCGAGCAGGAAGACGCCCUUGUCGGCUCACUAACUGUCAGAGAGACUCUAAUGUUUGCUGCUCGUCUCUCUUUGCCCAAGAGCAUCAGCGCCCAGGAGCGCAUCGCUCGUGUUGAGGCACUCAUCAACUCUUUCGGUCUCAACGGUCAAGCUAACACAUUGGUCGGUACACCUAUCAGAAAGGGUAUCUCUGGUGGUCAGAAGCGUCGUGUCAGUGUUGCCAACCAGCUCAUCACCAGCCCCAAGAUCCUUUUCUUGGACGAACCUACUUCUGGUCUGGACUCAGCAGCCGCCUUUGAGGUCAUUGCUUUCGUCAAGGAAGUGGCUAAGAAGCACAACCCCUCUACCUCGACAUUUGCAAUGUUCGACAAACUCCUUCUUCUCUCGCAUGGCAACACAGCAUACAGUGGACCAGUUAAGGACGUCCAAUCUUUCUUUGACGCAUGCGGCUUCCCCAUUNNCCCCCUCUACAUGAACCCUGCCGAGUUCAUCAUCGACUUCGUGAACACGGACUUUGCUCACAAUAGAACUGAAGUAAGCACCCAAUUCGAGAUGGUCACUGGAACCUGGCAGCGCUCUGGCCUUCACGCAGAGAAGUUGAGCACAAUCGCUCGCGAGAUUGCCCACGGCGACCCUUCGCCUCAGGAAACCAACAACAACGAUAAGAUCGGUGCUCCUUGGUCUACUGUCGUGCUUGCGCUUAUUCAUCGCAACUUCAUCAAGUCGUACCGUGAUAUCAUCGCCUACGGCAUUCGUAUUGCCAUGUAUAUGGGUCUGGCUGUCAUGAUGGGCACUGUUUGGCUGCGUCUGGAUCCUUCGCAGGACAACUUGCAAGCUUUCACCAAUGCCAUCUUCUUUGGAGGUGCUUUCAUGUCCUUCAUGGCCGUCGCCUACAUUCCUGCCUACCUCGAGGACCGCGCCAUUUUCAUGAAGGAGCGUGCCAACGGCCUCUACGGACCCACGUCUUUCCUUGUUAGCAACUUCUUGACCGGUCUGCCCUACCUCUUCAUCAUCACGUUCCUCUUCAGUGUCGUCGUCUACUGGCUUAGCAACUUCCGCAACACUGCUGGCGGCUUCUGGACUUGGGUCAUGUGGCUCUUCCUCGACUUGAUCGCCGCCGAGUCUCUGGUCAUCUUCAUCACCAGUCUCGUACCCAUCUUUGUUGUCGCUCUUGCCGCCACUGCUUUCGCCAACGGACUUUGGAUGUGCACUAUGGGCUUCAUGGUCCGCCCUGCUGAUCUCAACCCCUUCUGGCGCUACGUCUUCCAUUACAUCGACUAUCAGAGCUACGUCUUCGAGGGCAUGAUGGUCAACGAGUUUGCUCACAGAAACUACACUUGCGCCCACGAUGCCAAUGACAAGCCCACCAUUUGUGCCUACGAGUCUCCCUUGAACAAGGAGGGCUUGAUUCCUGGCACUGCUCUGCUUGACACCUAUGGCUACAAGACUGGCAAGACUGGUCAGUACAUUGGUAUCUUGUUGGCCAUCAUCGUGGUCUACAGAUUCCUUGGCUGGUUCGUGCUGUACGUGCGCCGCACUUGA